AUGAUUAGCAAUUCAAAAAGCAGCAAUGCUUAUACUGAGCUUAAAUUAAAAGAACUUAAGUUCUUUAAACUCAAAAUUGCUAACAUCAAAUCAAGAAAACUUGUUUUGGAAAGAAGAAGCCAAAAAUCAAAUGAGCUUGAAUUUUAUGGCAGCAACAAUAUAAAACUAGAUAAAUUAGAAACACUUAAAGAGAGCUCAGAAAAAAUAUUUUGAAAUAUAAAAACUUCUUAUCAAACAAAUUGAAAUUUGAUAUAUUUAUUUAAAACAGAAAAAGAAAUUAGGGAUAUUUAUUCUAAAUAUAUUGAAGCUUAUAACGAUUACUCUAGAAAAAUUAAUGAAAUGAUACAAAGCCUAAAAGCUAGUUCUUCUUCUUAUAUAUAUGAGGAUACUAAAUAUCUUUAUUUAUUUGAUAAUAUGGUCUGUGGCGUUGAAUUGAUUCAAUUUGAUAUAGAAAAAUCACAGCAAAAGAAAAUAAAUAUUGGCUUUGAUAAGAUAGUAAUAAAUGAUAUCAUGACAGUCCUCCUUCCAAACAAUGAAUUAUUUUUCUUAGGAAUAAAUAAAAUAUAUUGUAUCGCAUGCACCAUUGACUUAAAUUCAUACAAAAUAAAACGAGUUUUACCUUUAACCUACUAUAACUAUAAAUCAGGAAUAUUUAUUACCAUCGCCAGCGAAGUGUCUAUAUUAUUGGAGGAAAACCCCUUCACAAGAUCUUCUGAAGAAAAGACUCUCAUUCAAAGAUUUGAUUUAAUUUCGAAUAGAUGAAUAGUUCAGCCAUCAAUCCCAAAUCUAUUGACUUCAUUUUCUGCAGUGCCUUUUAAAACCAAAGUCCUUAUCGCAGGAAGCGAGUCUAAAAACUAUAUAUACGAGUACGACAUAUCUUUAGAAAGUUUUUCAAAAAUAGAUUUCAGAUUAGAGAAUACCAGAAUUUUACUUCUGACUGGAAAUUCAAGAGUUUAUUUAUUAGAAAAUGAUGGAGUAUAUGGGAAAGCGAACCCUAUAGCGAAUAUGUGUGAAAUAAAAUAG